GAAAAUGGCUCCAACACUGGUAAAACCUAGGUAGUAAAAACUCGUCAAAGGUUGUUCAUAAAGCUGAUCUUUAACCCCAAUAUUAAACCUAAUAAGGUCUCUAUUUCAAUAUACAUGCAUCCGGAAAUCUACUUAAGGAUAGCAUGUUGUUUGUACACACCUGACUUUAAACGCAGCUGCUGGUAUUUGGGGCGUGGUCUAUUCCACAGGUGUGUGAGGAAGAGAGGUCGUUUCAGGUGUGUCAGCACUCUCUGUGCUCGCGACGACACAGGAAGAGCCACUGACGUUUAACGACCGUAAAUAUACUCUUUUUACAGUUACUAAUUUACGGAUUCCUGACUUUGCAACACUUGGGAAAAAGGAACAACUUAUCGAAGCACAAACGGGGAGUUGUGUUGGAUCUUUUUUUUGGAGGAUGCAUUCCGCCAGAUAUGAAUACGACGGCCAUAAUGGCCGUCAUGAGCGGAUCGACUUCCUCAACAGCAAAGAGAAGGCACCAUCAAAGCGGAAGACCGGCAUUGUGAUAGGGGCUCUAGUGGCGUUUCUCAUCGUCGCAGCUGUUGCAGCGUUCCUCAUUUGGCUGUUUGUCUUUAAAGAUGCUGAUUCAAAAGCCACCCUUAGUAAGCAGCUCAAGCCAUCAACACGGGUCUUCAGCGGGCAUAUGAAGUUGGCUGGUUCAUCUUAUGACCAGAAUCUGGAGGAUACCACAAGCAAUGAAUUUAAGGAUUUGUCAGACAACCUGGAGGCAAUUCUUGGGGAAAGCUACAAGGACGAUCCACUCCUUGCAAAAUACUACACUACUUCUGUUGUCACUGCAUUCAGUGAGGGUGUGAUAGCCUACUACUGGUCCCAGUUUGAUAUUCCAGUCGAAGACCUUGAGAUUGAGCCGGAGUUCUCAGAAGAGCGGGUGCUGCAGACACUGGAGAAUGGCAUUAAGCAGCACAUCAGUGGGAGCCGCACAAAUAUCAAGAUCAGUAAAAUCACUUCCUCAUUCACAGAUCCUCGCAUGGCCAGGAACCCCAAAUCCAGUGAAUGUUUCUUCCAUCUGGAGGCUGAAGAAAAGGAGCAAACAUUUCAGUCACCAGGGUACCCCACAGCCUACCCCCCCAGGUCUCGGUGUCAGUGGCAAAUCAGAGCUUCAGAGGAAAAUGUCAUAUCUGUCGCUUUCCCCUUUUUCCACAUCGAGGAUGACUGCUCAGAUGACUUUGUCUUCAUCUAUGACUCUUUGAGUCCAGAUGAUUCUAAGGCCAUCACAAACAAGUGUGGUCAGAGGCCCCCCUCAAACCCUCUGGAGGUUGUGUCAUCUGGCAACAUCAUGCUGAUUAACUUGAUUACUGACGGUGACACCCAGCAACCUGGCUUCGAGGCUGUGUAUAAGGCCAUCCCCAACUUUGAAGCUAAAAAGUGCGGUGGCGACCUCUCUGAAAGCGCAGGAGUCUUCACCUCCCCACUUCACCCCAGCUUCUAUCCCCCUGCCGUGGACUGCAAGUGGACCAUCAAGGUCCCUGAUGGAAAGAAGGUGCGGGUGAAGUUCACCAUGUUCCGCAUGAAAGAGCCCGGGGUGGACACCCGCGUGUGUCACAAAGACUAUGUGGAGGUUAUGGACACCAAGUAUUGUGGAGAACUGACUUCUUUGGCUCUGACCAGUGACACCAACAUCCUAAAUGUGAAGUUCCACUCUGAUGAGUCCUACACCGAUAAAGGCUUCAGUGCAGAGUACAUUGCCUAUGAUCCUAAAGACCCUUGCCCCAACAAGUUCCCUUGUGCCUCUGGCAUCUGCAUCGCGAAAGAACUGAAGUGUGAUGGCUGGAACGACUGUGGUGAUAUGAGCGACGAGAGGCAGUGCAAUUGUGAGAAGGAUCAGUUUGCUUGUGGGAACGGCUUGUGCAAACCGAAACUCUGGGUGUGUGAUCGCGUCAAUGACUGCGGGGACGGGAGCGACGAGAAACAAUGCAGUUGUGAGCAGAAUGAGUGGCGCUGCGGUAACGGGAUUUGCCUGCCUCAGGAUGUCGUGUGUGACAACAAGAAGGACUGUGAAGAUGGAAGCGACGAGGCCUCUUGUAAAUCCUCUUCGGGUAUCUGUUCCGACUUCAGCUUCAAGUGUGAGAACAAAGAAUGUAUCAACAAGGUGAAUGCAGAAUGUGACCGCAUCAACGACUGCUCCGAUAACUCAGACGAGGCCAGCUGUGAUUGUGGCACCAGGCCCUAUAAGCUCAACCGCAUCGUAGGAGGGCAGAACGCUGAGCUGGGGGAGUGGCCCUGGCAGGUCAGCCUUCACUUUCUGACCUAUGGGCACGUUUGCGGUGCCUCAAUCAUAUCUGAGAGGUGGAUCCUUUCGGCCUCCCACUGUUUUGUCACCAGCAGCCCAGAGAAUUCUAUCGCAUCCAACUGGCAAACCUACAGUGGCAUGCAGGACCAGUACAAGCAGGAUGGCGUACUGCGCCGCCCAGUGAAGAGGAUCAUCUCCCACCCGAAUUACAACCAGAUGACCUUUGACUAUGACAUUGCACUGCUGGAGCUCAGUGAACCGCUGGAGUUCACCAACACCAUCCAACCCAUCUGCCUACCCUCUUCCUCCCACGUCUUCCCUGCAGGCAUGUCCUGCUGGGUCACAGGCUGGGGCGCACUCCGAGAAGGAGGUCAAAAAUCACAAAUACUGCAGAAGGCAUCGGUGAAAGUCAUCAAUGACUCUGUGUGUAACAUGGUCACAGAAGGCCAAGUCACCUCCAGGAUGCUCUGCAGUGGAUUCUUGGCUGGAGGAGUUGACGCAUGCCAGGGAGACUCCGGAGGCCCCCUGGUGUGUUUCGAGGAGAGUGGGAAGUGGUUCCAGGCCGGCAUUGUGAGCUGGGGUGAGGGCUGUGCUCGUCGGAACAAGCCUGGUGUCUACACACGUGUCACCAAGCUAAGAGACUGGAUCAAGGCUGAGACAGGGAUUUGAUGAGGUUGUGAGGAACAGGGAGGGAUACAGAGCGGGGAACAACGUCAAUGUGCUAAAAAUAAUGGAGAUGGAACAUUUGAGUCCAAAUCAGGACAAGUCUCUCCAGGAUUUAUUCAUUUAGCAGCAGACUGAGGAUACUGUUGCAUGGACCUAGCUACUCACAUGAAUGACUUAAAGCACUUUAUUUGGCUGUCAACCCCCUUUUCCCCCACUCCUCCCACUCACAAACACACAC